UUUUGCUGCGGUGCACGUCAUUUGCGACGCUAUUUUUGAUAUUUGUGUUGUGUUUUAUUAGGUGAAGUGCUUCUUUUUUGAAUAUUAAGUUAUUUUGUUAAAUACUUGUACGCGUUCGAAAAAAUGGCUCGUCCACGGUUCUUGACGUUUGAAGAAAUGGUGAAUGAGGUACUGGAUGAGAGUGAAGAAGAUGAAGAUGCUUCCGAUCCUGAUACUGAAAUUGAAAGUAGUUCGUCUGAAAGCUGUUUAUCUGAACCGGAUGACAUUAUUGUCAGUAGUUCAGUUGAUGAUCCAUUGUAUAUUGCAAAAGAUGGUACUACAUGGCGUAGCGAGCCUUACGCCACUGGUCGGUUGGGGAGAGAAAAUGUUAUCAAUUUGCGCCCAGGUUGGUAACAAUUGUUUACCAAAUUGUUGUAGAAUUAUGAUACUUGGUUUUUAGGUGUAACAAGAUUUGCAUCAAGCCGGGUAAAUAACAUUCGGGAUUCAUUUCUGCUACUUUUUCCAUCUUCACUAUCAAAAAUUAUAAUUGAAAAUUCGAACAACUACGGAAAGUAUUUACAUGGAUCCAACCACCUAGAAAUUGACGAGGAAUUAUUUCAUGCCUACUUAGGCAUAUUAUUACUGGCCGGUGUGUAUAAAUCCAAAAAUGAAACUUUGCAUGAUUUGUUUGAGGAAUACUGUGGACGCCCUAUAUUUCGGUCAAUAAUGUCUGAGAGAACAUUUUUAUAUAUCCACAAAAUCAUUCGUUUUGAUGAUGUGCUCACCCGACGUGGCCAAAGAAAUGAUGACAAAUUCGCACCAAUCAGAAACCUUUGGGAAAAGUGGUCUGAACAGCUUCCUAUAUUCUACAAUCCUAAUGAUUGCGUUACUGUGGAUGAACAAUUAUUGGGAUUUCAUGGUCGUUGUAAAUUUCGCCAGUAUAUUCCAUCGAAACCCGAGAGAUACGGUUUGAAAUUUUGGCUACUUGUUGAUUCACGCACGUGCUAUGUAUGGAAAAUACAACCAUACUUGGGGAAAGGCGUAACCGGAAACACUGAGAGGAAUCAAGGAGAACGAGUCGUUCUGGAUUUAGUUGAUGGGUUGAAAGGACAUAAUGUCACCAUGGACAACUUUUUUUCAUCUCACAGCCUUGGCCAAAAAUUAUUACAAAAGCAAAUGACAAUGGUUGGAACUAUGCGCAAAAAUAAAAGGUCUAUUCCUCCAAAGCUACUGAAUUGCAAGAAAGUUCCACGAUAUGAAUCAACUUUUGCUUUCACUCCUGAUACCACUCUCGUUUCGUAUAUCAGUCAUAAGAACAAAUGUACAGUUGUUAUGAGCACAUUGCAUCACGCACCUAAUAUUGAGAAUGAGUCGAAAAAGUUGCCCGAAAUCAUCUCUUUUUAUAACUCAACGAAGGGAGGCGUGGACACGGUUGACAAAAUGUUGAGCUGUUACUCUUACAAACGUAAAACUAAUCGUUGGACUAUGGCGGUAUUUUCCAACAUAAUCGAUAUUUCUGCUUUGAAUUCGUAUAUUUUGUAUAACGAUAUUGAUCCGAAUUGGAAGAAAACUCAAAAGCACACAAAACGUAAAUGUUUCCUGCAUGAGUUAGCAAUUUCAUUGGCAAAGCCCUAUAUGGAAAAACGAAAAAAAGGCGCAAAGAACGAAUUAUCUUCGGCGCUGCUUUAUAAACUGUCAUUCCAGAAUAUUUCUGACACUAGUAAUAAUGAUACUGGCCCAUCAAAAAAACAAAAGAAUGAUAAGUCUCCGAAAAAAAACCGCGCAAGGUGUCAAAAAUGCUAUCAUUCUGGAGAACAUAAAAAUAAGUGGACAUCGUCAUUCUGCUUCUUAUGUAAAACGCCGUGCUGCACCGAGAGACAUGCCAAAAAUAUUUGCAUAGAUUGCAUUCAUAACACAUAA